GCCGGCCGGCGGGCGCUGGGCCUUUAAGGGCUGCGCGGCGGCGCCCGGCGAGAGGGGACUGCGCGGUGCCGUUCCGCCCCCUUCCCCCGCCUGUUUUAGGCACGGAUGGGCGACAUCUCUGUUGAGCCGCAGCCAGCAGCGCAGGAGAGCCUCCCGGCGGCCGCCCGCCCGGCGCGGCAGCGGCGCUGCCCUGGGGGAGCGCGGGCGGCGCUGCCAUCGCUGCCGGCGCUGCCAUCGCUGCCGGCGGCCGCGGCGCGGCGAGGAUGGAGCUGGGCAGCGCCGCGAGGAGAGCGGGAGCUGCCCCGGCGCCCCUGGGCGCCUGGAGACCUUUCCCCUCUCCUUGCUGCUGCUGCUUCUCCGCGCUCCUCGACGUGAACAGCUGGCUGCUCUUCUACGGCUUCUUGUACCUGGCCCUCUACGCCCAGGUGUCCCAGUCCAAGUCCUGCGACAAAAUCUCCUGCUUCUCGGGUCAUUGUGUCAACUCCACCUGCGUCUGCGACCAGGGCUGGGUGGGAGACCAGUGCCAGCACUGCCAGGGCAGGUUCAAGUUAACAGAACCUUCUGGAUAUUUAACAGAUGGACCAAUAAAUUAUAAAUACAAAACUAAAUGUACAUGGUUAAUUGAAGGAUAUCCUAAUUCAAUACUAAGAUUAAGAUUUAAUCACUUUGCUACAGAAUGUAGUUGGGACCAUAUGUAUGUAUAUGAUGGAGAUUCAAUAUAUGCACCUUUAAUAGCUGUAUUUAGCGGUCUAAUAGUCCCUGAAGUGCGUGGAAAUGAAACUGUUCCUGAAGUAGUUACUACAUCUGGCUAUGCAUUGCUACACUUUUUUAGUGAUGCUGCUUAUAACUUAACUGGAUUUAACAUUUUUUACUCAAUUAAUUCUUGUCCUAAUAACUGCUCGGAACAUGGGAAGUGUACAACCAGUGUGUCUGUUCCAAGCCGGGUAUACUGUGAGUGUGACAAAUAUUGGAAGGGAGAAGCCUGUGAUAUUCCGUAUUGUAAAGCCAACUGUGGUAGUCCAGAUCAUGGAUACUGUGAUUUGACAGGCGAGAAGCUGUGUGUUUGCAAUGAUAGCUGGCAAGGUCCGGAUUGUUCUUUGAAUGUCCCUUCCACGGAGUCUUACUGGAUUCUACCAAACGUAAAGCCGUUCAGCCCUUCUGUGGGCCGGGCUUCCCAUAAGGCAGUUCUCCAUGGAAAAUUUAUGUGGGUGAUUGGUGGAUACACUUUUAACUACAGUUCGUUCCAAAUGGUGUUAAACUACAAUUUGGAAAGCAGUAUAUGGAAUGUAGUACCUGUAUCCAAAGGGCCACUCCAGAGAUAUGGACACACUCUUGCUUUAUAUCAGGAAGACAUCUACAUGUAUGGAGGCAAAAUUGAAACAAAUAAUGGGAAUGUUACUGAUGAGUUGUGGAUUUUCAACAUACACAGUCAAACAUGGAGUACCAGAACUCCUGCAGUACUUGUACAUGGCCAGCAAUAUGCCGUGGAGGGUCAUUCAGCACACAUAGUAGAGCUGGAUAGCAGAGAUGUUGUUAUGAUCAUCAUUUUUGGAUACUCUGCCAUAUAUGGUUAUACAAGCAUUGUGCAAGAAUACUACAUCAGGUCUAAUUCUUGGCUUGUGCCAGAAACAAAAGGAGCAAUUGUGCAAGGUGGAUAUGGUCAUACUAGUGUCUAUGACGAACUGACAAAAUCUGUUUAUGUCCAUGGUGGAUACAAAGCACUACCUGGCAAUAAAUAUGGAUUGGUGGAUGAUCUUUACAGAUAUGAAGUUAAUACUAGGACAUGGACUAUUUUGAAAGAGAGUGGUUUUGCAAGGUAUCUUCAUUCAGCUGUCUUAAUCAAUGGAGCUAUGCUCAUUUUUGGUGGAAACACUCAUAAUGAUACUUCCCUGAGUAAUGGUGCAAAGUGUUUUUCUGCUGACUUUCUUGCAUAUGAUAUAGCAUGCGAUGAAUGGAAGAUUUUACCAAAACCUAAUCUGCAUCGAGAUGUCAACAGAUUUGGCCACACUGCUGUUGUCAGUAAUGGGUCCAUGUACAUAUUUGGGGGGUUUUCAAGUGUUCUUUUGAAUGACAUCCUUGUGUACAAGCCUCCAAACUGCGAAGCGUUCAGAGAUGAAGAACUAUGUAAAAAUGCUCGUCCAGGGAUAAGAUGUCUGUGGAACAAGAAACACUGUGAAUCCUGGGAAUCUGGACAUGCUAAUAACAUCCUCAGAGCAAAGUGUCCUAAAAAGGCAGCUGCUGCAGAUGACAGAUGCUAUAGAUAUGCAGACUGUGCAAGCUGUACUGCUAAUACAAAUGGAUGCCAGUGGUGUGAUGACAAGAAGUGCAUUUCAGCAAAUAGUAACUGUAGCGUGUCGGUAAAAAACUACACCAAAUGUCAUGUGAGAAAUGAACAGAUCUGCAAUAAACUGACCAGCUGUAAAAGCUGCUCACUACACCUGAACUGCCAGUGGGACCAGCGGCAGCAAGAGUGCCAGGCGUUACCUGCUCAUCUGUGUGGGGAAGGAUGGAGUCAUAUUGGAGAUGCCUGCCUCCGCAUAAAUUCUAGUCGUGAAAGCUAUGACAAUGCCAAACUAUAUUGCUACAAUUUAAGUGGGAAUCUUGCCUCAUUAACAACCUCAAAAGAAGUGGAAUUUGUUCUGGAUGAAAUACAGAAGUAUACACUUCAGAAAAUUUCACCUUGGGUAGGUUUACGCAAGAUCAACAUCUCAUACUGGGGAUGGGAUGACAUGUCUCCUUUUACAAAUACAACUCUGCAGUGGCUUCCUGGAGAGCCAAAUGACUCUGGCUUCUGUGCAUACCUGGAAAGGGCAGAGGUGGCAGGUCUGAAAGCGAAUCCAUGUACUGCAAUGGCAGAUGGUCUUGUCUGUGAAAAACCUGUUGUUAGUCCCAAUCAGAAUGCUAGACCCUGCAAAAAGCCCUGCUCUCUGCGAACAACGUGUUCUAACUGCACAAGUAAUGGUAUGGAGUGUAUGUGGUGCAGCAGUACAAAGCGAUGUGUUGACUCAAACGCCUAUAUAAUCUCCUUCCCAUAUGGACAGUGUCUGGAAUGGCAAACAGCCACAUGCUCCCCUCAAAACUGCUCUGGACUGAGGACCUGUGGACAAUGUUUGGAACAGCCUGGAUGUGGAUGGUGUAACGAUCCCAGUAAUACCGGGAAAGGACAAUGCUUGGAAGGAUCAUCAAGAGGACCAAUGAAGCCUGUUGGCAUGCACUCCGGUGAAAUGGUGCUUGAUGCUAGUCUUUGUCCAAAAGAGAAAAACUAUGAGUGGUCUUUUAUCCAGUGUCCAGCUUGCCAGUGUAAUGGCCACAGCACCUGCAUCAACAGUAAUGUUUGUGAUCAGUGUAAAAACUUAACAACAGGAAAACAAUGUGAAACCUGCAUGCCAGGAUACUAUGGGGAUCCCACAAAUGGAGGGCAGUGUACAGCUUGCACGUGCAGUGGUCAUGCAAAUAUUUGUCACAUGCAAACAGGAAAAUGUUUCUGUACAACUAAAGGAAUCAAAGGAGACCAAUGUCAACUCUGUGACUCUGAAAAUAGGUAUCUUGGAAAUCCACUUAGGGGAACAUGUUACUACAGCCUUUUGAUUGAUUACCAGUUUACCUUCAGCUUAUUACAAGAGGAUGAUCGCCAUCACACUGCUAUAAACUUUAUAGCAAAUCCAGAACAGUCAAAUAAAAAUUUGGAUAUAUCAAUUAAUGCAUCAAACAACUUUAACCUCAAUAUUACAUGGUCUAUUGGUUCUACAGCUGGAACAAUAUCUGGAGAAGAGAUUCCUGUUGUUUCUAAGACUAAUAUUAAGGAAUACAGAGAUAGCUUUUCCUGUGAAAAAUUUAACUUUCGGAGCAACCCGAACAUCACUUUCUAUGUCUAUGUCAGCAAUUUUUCCUGGCCAAUUAAAAUACAGAUUGCCUUCUCACAGCACAAUACUAUCAUGGAUCUCGUGCAGUUCUUUGUCACCUUCUUCAGUUGUUUCUUAUCCUUACUGCUGGUAGCUGCUGUCGUUUGGAAAAUCAAACAAACCUGUUGGGCUUCUCGACGGAGAGAGCAACUUAUGCGAGAGCGACAGCAGAUGGCCAGCCGCCCCUUUGCUUCUGUCGAUGUAGCACUGGAAGUAGGAGCUGAGCAAACAGACUUUCUACGAGGGCCAUUAGAGGGUGCUCCUAAACCAAUUGCCAUUGAGCCAUGUUCAGGAAACAAAGCAGCAGUGCUCACAGUAUUUUUAUGUCUGCCAAGAGGAUCAUCAGGAGUCCCACCCCCGGGUCAGUCAGGUCUUGCAAUUGCAAGUGCACUGAUAGACAUUUCACAACAGAAGCCUGUGGACUGUAAAGAUAAGAGUUCAGGAGUCAGAAAUCGAAAACAUCACCUUUCAACACGUCAAGGAACUUGUGUCUGAGAUCAAAAAACUGCAGUUGUAUAUUCUGUAAUGUUUUCUUUUUAAAUGGCUUCCAUUGAAAGCUAUACUACAGCCUCAGUUUUUAUGGAGGCAAACCUAUGAAUUGAUGUUUGAGGUAAUGUGCUCCGUUAUAGUCUCACUAGCAGCCUACUAUACCCCAGAGCAGAACAAACUUAUGGUAGGUAUGAGUAUAUUUAAUGAGCUUUAAUAAAAACAGUGGAUUCUGAUAUCAGCAAAAUAUGAAAUGAAAUACCUAGUAUGCUUAAUCCUGAACAUAUCAGAGCAGGGAAAAUCCUUGAAUACAACUAGGAAAAACUGUACAUUGUUUUGUAAUGUAGAAGGAAAUUGUAUAACUGAAAAUUAAGCAAAUUCCAGAAAACUAAAGGACAUUUUUGUACAGCUUAAUGUAAUAAUGAGAAUUGUACAGUUCUUUCCUUGUAAUCAACAUUAAGAUGUCUUUCCAGUAAGCAGGAACUAAAGAGGAUUGUUUGGAUUUAGGUGUUCUUUUAUCAUUGCCUCAAAUAGGUAGGCAGCUUUUGAAUUUAGUAGGUAGGUACCGCCGAGAACACCACAUAUAAUAUUUAAAUGAUCAUUUCAUAUACAAGCUUAAUUUGAGCAUUUCAUGUUCUUUUUUAUGUUCAAAAGGCUCAGAAAUAUAAUCUGGGCUACAGAGAAUGAUGGGUGGUCUUUCAUGUUUCUAUUCAUAAGAUUUUUUUUUUAAAUUCUGAAUGAGAUAUUUUAGAAAGAGUGCAUGUCAGUCUUCUAUGCCAGCUAACUCAUCAUCAGAAUUGAUUGAGCAUGGAAAAGCCUCUUCGGGAAUCAAGUUUGCUGUUUUUUUCCAAAGCCAUCUCCAAGACUGCAAGUCUAAGGAGAGUUUAACUUACUGUUACACAACAGUAAUAUACCUGCUCCCACUUCAGUUUUGCAAUUUUCUGAUAUCUGUAAAUUGUCCUGACCUCCAAGUAGAAGAAAGGAAUCCCAAUCAGCACUUUGACCCUUGUUUGAAAAUAAGGUAUGAUUUUCUGAUGAUGUUUUUCUCCCCGCUGCAGAAUUUCAUCUAAUCCUCACUUUCACGUCAGUUAAAGAAUUAUCCUGCAUAUCAAAAAUGAAAUAAAUAAUUAUUAAAAAUCCAAGUUGCUUCCAACAGUGGUUCUCUGAUCUGACAGCCAUUAUGGGACCUCACACAACCAGUACUCAGCAACAAAAUGCGGAUGAAAUAGUUUCCUUUCUAUUGGACAUUAGUCUCACAAGCUUUUGGGGGCUUGCUCACAACAAUAGAAAAUCUAGCCAACAGCUUUAAUGGCCCUCAGUCUUUUUAUUUACUCACAAUUCAUGAAGAUAUGAAAAAUCAAGAGAAUUCUAAGGGGUAGCAGACAUGUCAUAUUCUGAUUUAUGCAUUAUACAUUGACAGCAGUAUAAUAUGAAACCAGUAGUUUUAUAAGAUCUUGUUGAAAGUGUAGUUUCUCAGCUCCAAAUUUGCCACUAUACUAGUGCAGGAGGGUGAUACAGAGGUGUAAAUGCCUUGUGUAAUGACAGACUUUUGGUAAAUAUGACAGAUAUAAAAAGAUAAUUGAUGUUUACUACUAUAUCUGUAUUUUUCAUUUGCUGUUUAUUUCAGAAGAUGAUGACAUUUUACUGUUUAUAGUUGACUACACAGUUACUUGCAUGCCAUGGUGGUGCAGUAGCAGUAAUAAAGCCCUGUUGUGAGUUGUGUUUAUUUCGUAAUGCCAUUCAUACAUAGAAGUACUCAGCUUAAUUUGGAUGAGGACUAAAUGUAAAAAAUAAUUAUAAAAAGGAACGAUUGUACAGUAUGUAGUUAUAUCUUAUACAGGAAUAUUAGGUUGCAUCUAACCAUGACUGCUGUAUUGUUUUGAUAAAUUAUGCAUUUAUGAAUUAUGGUAUAAUUAUUUCUUAUGGCAUGGUUGUUUCAGUAUUUUCAUAUCUUAAAGUAAGAUUAUUAUCCUAAAAUAAUGCUAUCACAAUCUUGUGACUUUUAUUGACUAUUCUGACCUCAAUUUCUUAUGUCUUAAAACUUAAAUAAUUCCUUUUUAAAGCUUCUGUUGGGAACGUUCAAUCAAUGCUGCUUAGUAUAUUGGAAAAAAUGGUCUUUUGAAAAUAACCCAUUCUGUCAGUUCUAAUGUUGAUCUGCUAAAAUGAAAAUAAACCAGUAGAACUGGUUUAUAUGGUGAACAUACUUAAGAAAAGGAAAAAACCACUUGUCUGGAAUAUUUUCCAAACUCUGUGUUAUCCUCAACCUAAACAUUUCACAUAAGAAAUAUACAGUGUGUGUUUUGUGAAUGUACCGGAUACCUCCAUACACAGACAGACCAUGUAUUCUUGUAGAGCAGUUAUUUUGACUGUACUUAUCCAAAAAAAGGAUAUAUGCACCUGUAUCUUAACUAGAGUUUGACAUGACUUGAAAAGCAAAUUUAAGUGUUAAAGGGAUUAAAAUAUUUUACUGCAGCACUUGAGAUGGGCAAAUAGCUAUCAGCCAUUUUAUUAUGUUAACAGUUAAAAAUGUUACAAGAAAAGCAUGCUUGUCACGGGAGCAUUCAGCGUUUUCAUUCACUCUAACAAUGUUUUUUCCUCAUGUAUCUUUCUUCUCCUGGGGUCCCUGAUUGCAUGAAAAUUAUUAAAGACUUAUAAAAAUAAAAUAAACAAAGAGAAAUACUUAUAUAAUCGUCAUGAUUAAAUCCUAGAAGUUUGCCAACGCUUCUCAAAACGAAGCUUCAGAGUAACUGUUACUGCUUUCUAUUUUAAAGGUGUAAAAAUAGUAUAAUAUAUCUAAUAACUACAUCCUGUCAGUUGUUGGCAAAUGCUAAUUUUUUAAUAAUGACCACUGAACAUCAGAUGAGAGGUUUUAUCAAGUGUCACAUUAUGAUCACUUCAUGAGAAAGCCAAUCUUGUUAAAACUUGUUCUCCAUGAUUAACUUCUGAACUCUUUCUUAGAGUCAAAAAACAUUGAAUGGCCUGUUUUAGCCCUAGCGUGAUUUAUGCUGGAUGAAAAAUAAGGUAUUAAAUGCUAUUCUAGAAAGUAACCCCCUAGUGAAAUUUUAAUUGUCAGGAUUCCACUCCCACCCACUCAAUGUAUUGAUUCUGCAAAGGGAAACUCAGCAGCUCUAAAUUACUGUUCAAAAUAUAAGAUCCAUGAUAUAAGAUCCAUCAAAAUAUAAAUCCAUGAUAGCAUGGAUUCACCAGUACGUCAGUUCCUUUCUGAAUAUGUAUGCUUAUAUAAAGUCCUGAAACUAUUUAAGUAUAAUUUGAGCAUAUAUAUAACACUUCAGAAUACUUGCUUUCAGUCAUUGCAUUUCUUCAAAAUGUCAUGUAUGGCUAGUUUACCUUUACAAAAAAUAUUUAUCUGUAUGCUGCCCCUAUUAAAUUGCAUCUAAAACCUAAAGUCCAAUUGUGGAAAUGUUAAGACAUGAAGAUACCAUUAACUAGGAACAUACAGAUUCAUCUGAUCUUAAAAUUUUCAUAGCUGAUUGCUGUCUUUAUAGGUUCAAUUGCUUCCCAUCCUCCCAAAUCAGAAACAUUUGGAGAAGUUCACAUCUGGACAUUGAGGUUUUAUGUGAAAAAUCUGCAGCAAUAAUUAUUUUCUAAAUAAUCUAACUUAGAGAGCUGGAAUCCUGAUGGUAAGAAUUUCAGUUUGGGAUCACUUUAACAGAUAGUCACUCCUCAUGCAUAAUAACUUUGACUUUCAUUUAAAUUACAAAAUCAUUAUGUAUCUAAUUUCAUUACCAGUUUUUUUAAAAAGCAUCUGAAAAGUUUCUUGACAAUAAAGGACAAGUCUCUGUUAAAGGUA